GGGCGACAACCGCCACUCGCGCAGUGAGCCACUCACAGCGUCAGCGAUUGCCACGUAUGCCCGUUCGGCACCCUCCUCCUCCGCCACGUGCCCUCGCCUCCGCGCCUUUUUCAUUCCUUCUUCUUCGGACUUUCUCCUACCUUCCUUCUUCACACCAUCAAACUCUCGCACCGUUCUACCCACAGCCCCUCCUUUCUUCUCCCGCACUCUUCUUCUGAUUGCCUCCAUUUUUUUUUAGCUUUCUUUUCAUGGGGAGGCCAUUCUUUAGUGACAUGGCUGCUGCUGGAACCAACGGCCGCGGCGACGACGGCGGAGAUCAGGCGACGAGUCCCGUGGUGGACAUUUACCCUCUCAGUAGCUACUACUUCGGAUCGAAAGAUGCUCUUCCUUUCAAGGACGAGACUCUCGCUGAUCGCCUCUACAGGAUGAAGUCCAACUACAAUGCUCAGGGGUUGAGGACUUGCGUCGAAGCUGUUAUACUGGUGGAGUUGUUCAAACACCCGCAUCUGCUGCUGCUGCAAGAGAGGAAUUCGUUCUUCAGCCUGCCUGGAGGCCGCCUUAGGCCGGGCGAAACGGAUGUCGACGGUUUGAAGCGUAAGCUGAGCAGGAAGCUCUUGGUCGAUGACAGCGAAAAUGAUUGGGAGGUUGGGGAACGCCUUAGUACGUGGUGGAGACCGGACUUCGAAACACUAAUGUACCCGUACUUACCGCCUGCCACGAAAUCACCCAAGCAAUGCACAAAACUAUUCCUAGUCAGGUUACCAGAGAGGCUGGACUUCAUCGUGCCGAAAAACUUCAAGUUGCUUGCUGUGCCACUCUGCCAGGUCCAUGGCAACCAAAAGACGUAUGGACAGAUAAUAUCGGGAGUACCACAGAUGCUAUCCAAAUUCUCCAUAAACAGGGUGAUCCCAUAAUGAUGCAGAACUGACUAUAGUGGGAAUGAAAUAGGUUGUAAAGUAGUCGCUAUAUCGACAUGAGAGAGCUGUUUCCACGCGAAACCGGGUUGGCAGAGUGCGUCUGUCUCAUACUUGCAGACCUUGAAACUGUUUUCCUUUCUAUCUUCGAGUGUAUGUGUGUAUUGUAUACAGGGAUAGGUAUGGCUUUUGAGCUUAUAGUAGAAGGGUUAGAAUGUGCGACAGGGUAUACAUCAGCUUCCAUUGUAAAGAUGGUUUCUUUCUUCUGUAUCUGUAUGACUUUAUGGACCGCGACCGGUAUUGUAGUGAAUUUCGCUUAAACGGCGGCUUGGUGAGAGAUUUUUUGUCUGUAUUUCUUCUAGGUAAACUACUA